AAAUGUAAAUAAAACUCAAAAAUAGCUCUGAUCAGGAACUCUCGCCCACAAAACUCACACUUUAGAAUUAAGGGGCUUUUCUUAACCCACACAAAGAGUAAGCUACCGCUCUUAACUGAAGUCCCUCCACACCAACAAUCUCAUUGCAAUGGGUACACAAGGCAAGAACGUGGACUUCAGCGUUUUGGAGUUCGACAACUACAACGACUACAUCACCUCCUUUGCCACCGUUAAGGACUACCGAUAUCUGAGCAAUCAGAACACGAUCAAGACCAUCGUCCAGCUGGGCUACCGCACCACCAAGAUCCCCUAUACUUCCGAUGAAUAUGUGAAGAGGGUCGACAUUGCCUUGGAGGCCAUUAGGCCGAAGACAGCCCACGUAGGGCUGUUCAGCGAUCUUAUGGCGCCGACAAACGAGGACCCAGUGCUUCUGGAGUUUAAGUCUCGCGAGUUGCUCAACUUGAACAAGAUUCUCUCGACAAUCGUAUUUACCUCGUACAUCAACAUCGACGGGUCAGAGAUCUCCGGCUACAUUGACCUGGACAUGAGCUGGCGCAACUGCUACCGCGAGGCCAUCAGACACACCGACUGGCGGGGAGUCUUUGGAGGUAAAGCGCGGCUGAAGCCCAUGCCCCACCACCUCAGCUAUUCGAAUCCGCGGUACAACGUGGUCAAGUACUCCGACAGCGACAACUACCAGGUGAUGCACGACCACAACUACGGACUGAUGUUCAUGCACCGGGGCGAUCACAAGAUGAUCUCGGUGGGCGGCCAGGUCAACAUGUACUCGCGGAACGCCAAGCGAUCGAUGGUCUACUCCCCCAAGUUCGGAUAUGUGGUCUUCUACGAUCACUUUGUGCGCAAGAAGGUCUAGAGGGAGGUCGGUGAAGUCUUCAUCAAAAUUAUGAAAUUAUGGUAUGAUUAAUAAAGUAUAGGAAUAAUCUGAA